GCAUGCGCGAGGCGCUGGUUGUUGUCAGUGGUGGUUAUGGAGAUGAGAUGGAACUACGAGCUGUCAACAUUCCGGGGAUGUUAGUGAUACAGUAACAAUCCAGCUAUUAAGCGACGAGCUGUGUGGAUGAUUAGUGAACAGUUGGCUAAUGCCUCAUCCCAACAUGUUCAUGACAGCGAGGAAGACCUCUCUGUUCCUGCUCAGGGGGCUGUGUGCAGCUGGGGAAAUGUACAUUUGAGGGAUGCCCAGGAAGAUAGGUUUCAAAGUGGUCAACUCUUCAAGUCAUGAGGACCAUUUCAGUGCAAAGGAGCUCAUAGUCCAUGCACCCACAGUUAAUGGCUGGAGAUCCAGCAGGCUGUGCUCCUACCCCCAGCACGUCACCCUGCAGCUGGGGGAGAGAUGUAGGGUGAGGAAGCUGCAGCUGCUCGCACACCAGUACCUGAUACCAGCCAAGGUGGAGUUCCACAUUGGGGACUCGCUCCCUGAAAUCAGCACCCAAAGUUUCCCUGGACAGCUACGCAGACUAGGGUAUGUGUCUUUGUCAGACAACGAGAGGACAGGCUUUAAAGCUCGGGAGCUGAAGUCGAUCCACGUGGACGCCAUUGGAACAUACCUGAGAAUAACCUUCCACAGGAACUAUGUGAACCGUUUCAAUCCCUACAAUCAGGUCGCUUUGGUUGCCAUUAAUGUUCUGGGAGAGUCUUUGGAUGGAAAUGCUUUUAACACAAUUCCAAGCAGAGAGCAGCUGAUCGACCACUACCUCAACAGUACCCAGCAGGAAGUCGCCUUGGACACGACAUUCAUGGGCGAGUACAUCUCCCCGCUGGAUGACCUGGCCUUUGACAUGUACCAGGACCCUGAAGUUGCCCACAUCAUCCGUCUACUGGACCAAAAGAAGCAGGACAUGGUUCGGCAAGAGAAAUACGAGCAGGCCAAGAAUCUGAAACAGGCAAUCGCAGAUCUGCAGAAGGUGGGGGAGCGCUUGGCCCGAUAUGAUGUGGAGAAAAGAUGUGCCAUCGAAAAGGAAGACUAUGACUUGGCCAAGAAGAAGAAGGAGCUCAUGGAGGAUUAUAGGAAGAGUGUCUACCAGCAGCUGGAAGUCCACAACCUGCUGGACAUGACAAUGAUCACAAAGGACGCAGAGUCAUCGCCAGCCAAAGAUCCUCCCUCCCUCCAGCCUUCUCCAGGUCACCAUUCAGUCACCACCUGGCCCCUGGAGUCCACAGACACAAUCAAGAAGAGAAAAAGCACAACCGCUCCUCAGAGAAAACAGUCAGACGGGGGAACUGUUGCACCCAAACCAACCCGGCAACCUGAAACACCAUGCACCCCUGCUGCUACGUUACCCAAAAUAGAUGUUACGAGUGUGCCUUACGACGACAGGCCUCUGCCAGCCCUUCAGAGGAAAGACCGGCCAGGGGAGGUCAUCCAGAGUCCUGUUGAGCAGAACUCCCCCCAGUCUGAUGCCCAAAUGACUCCACGCAGCCCUGACACAAGCGGAGAGCCUGAGCCACUCACAGAGAAUGCCCAGAGAGAGGCUGGCCUUCCCAUAGAGGUGUUUGGGGAAAGCCUGGUUGCUGGGACAUACUCCAAAACCUGGUCCUACAGGGAGGAUGCUCUCAUGGCCGUGCACAAGAAGCUUUCGGAGCUGUCGCCCACCAUUCCUAGAGAGGAGCUGAAGAGCAUGAUACGAGCUGCAACCUUCCUCGUGAAGAAGGCCCUGCUGGAUCAAGUGUCAUCUGUUUUCCAUGCCUCCUUGAAGCUGCUGCGGCUCCUCCUGAGCCAGCUGAUCCCAGGUCUGGGGUUGGGCCGGACUGAGAUGAACCACUGCUUAGAUCAGACUUGGCCCAGCCUGCUGGUCAGGACUCGAGACUCAGCCAGCCGCAUGAGGACCACGGCUGCUGCCUUUAUACAGGAAAUCGCUGUCCUGAAGGAUGUGCGCGUCCUGCAAGUUAUCCCUGGUGAGCUGGUGAAGCCCUUCAAAUCCAACUUCCCCGCUCGUCUGGCUCAGAGUCGGGCUGAGCUGAUUCAGAAGCUGCUUGCUGAACUUGGUACAGAGAACUCUGGUUUCACCCUGGACAAUGUCAUGAAUUUCUGUACAGCAGCUUUGGAGCACAGCGCAUCAGCGGUCAGAGAGCUGGCUGUGCACAUCAUUCUGUCCAUGUACCAGCAGCACAGAGCCUCCGUCCUCAGCUACCUUCCAUCAAACGAAGCUGCAGCACGGAAGAACUUCCUGUACAAAACCCUCUUUGACGGCUUCGCCAAGAUUGACGGAAAGCUGGUUGAAACUCAGACUUCGAAGAAAGGCGCUCAGGAGGAGGGAGAGAAAGAGAAGGCAGAGAUCCACUCUCUUCAGGAGCAGCUGGCGGCCUUGAAAGAGAUCACAGAGAGAGAGGAGGGAAGCACCAAAGAGCAGCUGCCGAAGAAAGAGGCUCCCAAAGUUGAAAAAGGGUCCCACAAAGCUGGCAGAGCGGCCUCUACUAAAGUGUCCCAGAACAUGGCGACAGAAAGCAGGGAAGUCCAACGAUCCAUCAACGAUCUUGACAACUUGUGCAUAUUCUGUGGCAGAAAGGAUGAGUCAUUCACAGAGGACGGAUUGGACCUUCACUACUGGAAGAAUUGCCCUAUGCUGAGACGCUGCGAUGAAUGUAGACAGGUGGUUGAGAUAGCCAGCCUCACAGAGCACCUCCUGGGUGAAUGUGAGAGCAGAUCCAAGUUCAGCCUGUGUCCACGCUGCUCUGAGGCCGUGGCCACUGAGGACCUGACUCGGCAUGUCCAAGGUCCUGCGUGCAACCCCCCCAUUUCUGGUAAAGGUUCCAACCACUGUCCUUUGUGUCACAACAACUUCCUGCCCGGAGAGGAGGCCUGGAAGACUCACCUCAUGGGCCGGGAGGGCUGUAAACAAAACUCACGCAGAACUGCGGUGGCGCAGAGAACCCAGCCAGCACAAGGCCGAGCAGUUGGCGGAGCGAAGAUGAAACAGGCGUGGUCAGCAGGGGCCAGACCCAGGCCCAUGGGCAGGGGUAGCAGGAUCCCAGCCCUGGCACCCAUAGCCAGAGGACAUACUCCAGGGAAGACCCCAUCCCCCAACUCUAGAGGAGGAAACUAACAGACAUCCCUGAAGUAAUCCUCCUCGCUCUCAUGUUUCCAGGUCCCAUGCUCCUUCAAAUCAGCACCUUGAGCUAGGUGAACGGACACAUCUACUGAGAAGAUGUCUAACAUAUUAUCACAGCAUAACAGAGUAAAGCCUUUAAAAACAAGAUGCUGGUAAAUCCACUUGUUGAAACUCUCUGGUGUUGGUCAGUGAAGAGAGACAGCUGGACUCACCGAUGUUAGGAAGCCUCUGUAUGACCGGCCUCUGGCAUCACACACCUGCCAGGCUACAUGAGCACGCUGAGUCCGCUGAUAUCUCCUUACAGGAUUCUCCGUUUUGAGGUUCUAAUUUUACAAAGUGACGUCUCAAACCUCCAAAGUGACAAAAUGUGCUGCUUAAAGGGAUUGUUCAUCGGUUUUUAUUCUACUUCCACAAGACUGAUAAAAGAAAACAGAGGUCAUGAAUGUAUUUCUCAUCAAACCCUGUUUAUUUGGUAAAUAUCAAUGUCUUACAAACAGCUUCAGUUUGCUUAGAGUUUGGUUUGUAGAUUCCUGUAAAUGUGACCCUCAGAUAUCAUCACGGCUCUUUGCCACUCUUGAUAAAACUACUUCAGAACCGCAGAAGACGUCAAACAACAGGCUGGUAAACUAACCUGAACGUAUGAAAUUUUAAUUUGUGUUCCCUUUAAAUCUGCACAGCUAUCCAAAGGGACGUUUCCUGUUACAACACAAAAAAGCAGUUUCUGUUGAAUUCAGUCUGAAUCAGAAUCUCCUCUGUAAGAAAAACUCAAAUGUGUGAUGAUUUGAAACUUUGAACAGGAUCAGUCAGGCUCAGGAAGUUCUCAUAGAUCACCAGAGUAGUUUCUUUAACUGAGGAUGUACUAGAACACACUGAGGUGCAGCUGCCAGAUGACUUUCCUUCCUUUGAAACACUCCAGCAGAUAAUCUGAAAGCCAUCCACAGACCUGAACGUACAGCAGCUUUAAUGUCAGAUGUCUUUCGCCUUCUGUUUACACAUUCAUUACACGUAGUAAGGAAGGAAGUAGGAGUUUGCCAAAGAGAUGAUGCUUCAUGCUGAUAUUUCAGUAAGCUAUAGGAACUUUUCCUUUAACUUUUGCUGCUUAAUGACAAUCUUAACUAAAUAGCAUAUUAUAAUAGGCUGAAGUAAGAGAGACAGAAAAGACCAUUUCACUUACUGAAGUUGUGAAAGUGUGGAGAAAUGACCGUAUAGAAGAAUGUACUGUAGACAGAAGAAUUGAUACAUCACCUGUUUGUAAGUCUACGUGAUCUCUGCUGAACACGACUGAGCCCCACAGAUCUUAAAGCACUUUAGUGGCUUUAAAUGUUUGUUUUUGUUUGAGGAACUCUGAUAAUAUCUCAAAGGAUUUAUAGUUGAAGCCAUAAAUGAAUCACUUAAGUUGUACUACAGUGUUAUGACAAUGUUGAUUGUAAUAUGUUUAUCUAGCGCCGAGAAGAACAGAAACAUCUGAACAGUCUGAGGAGGAUUUUAAACAUGAAGUCAUAUUUAAAGAUGUAAACUUAUUAAUGAUUUCAAAUCUUUAUUAAUCUUUGUGUGUGGAGAAACAUGUGCACACGUGUAUAACAGAAAAGAAGAAGAAUUUGUAACUACCCAAUGGUUAUUGGCUGUGACGUGAUUCUGCAUUGAAGACCAUCAACAGUAGAUACUUCAGUGCACAUUAGUCAGUAUUUUGUGAAGAAUACCUUUGCCAUAAAAUAGAUAUUUUUGUCUGUAAAGUAUUUGUAUUUGUUUAAAUAAAGCUAUAUUAGGCUGAA